GCCAUGUCCGCGCCCAGGAUCCGAACCAGGGAAACCCUGGGCUGCCGCAGCGGAGCACACAGACUUAACCACUUGGCCACGGGGCCCGCUCCCUGAAGACAUUCUUGAGAGUCAAGCUCAAGGCAAUUUGGGGAAGAGAGGAACCUCAUGAAAAGGUGAAUGGCAGCAGAUUCAGAGGAAAGAAUGGAGAAAGGGAGGUCAAGGGGAGUGCUACACACCUCCACUUGGUAUCGUCUGAAUCUUUAAAAAUGACUUUCCCAAUAGUUAUUUCUCUCCCUCCCCACCCUGUAACCUGAUUUUUCUCAUCACCUGCAGAGGUCAGAAUGUCGAAUGCUAACAACAGCCACAUUCAAUGGUCUCUCUGCUUCUUUUUCUCACACAUCCCUCUAAAAUAAGGCACUGCUAAUCUCUAUCAGAAAAUUGUUUUCCCUCCUUGCUUCCCAUCAUUCUACUCUACCUGGGUUCUAAGUACUAAUCAGCAAAUGUUUACCAAGUACCCAGGUUGUUGUAAACGCUAUGCUAAAAGGUUAGAAUAAAUCAGUGAACAGGGAAACAAAAAACACAAGACUCCUCGGUCCCAUUCCAGAAUCUCUGUCUACAGGUGACUGUUAUGCACGCUUAAGUUUGGGACAUGAUAAGAGAGGAUAUUCUCUUUAGUCUCAGUAAUUCAAGAUUUUUUUUCUAAAACUACCUUCUUUCAUAGAAAAGACAGUAUUUUGCAAAGAGUCCAAGGCAGUGUACAAAUAACAUCUGUGCCUGCCACGAAUGUUUACAUGUUAAAAAUGUUGAUUCAGUUUUUUUAUUGUGGUAAAAUAUACGUAAGAUUUACCAUUUUUAAGUGUAUAGUUUCAGUGCCAUUAAGUACAUUCACAUUGUUGUGCAACCGUCGCCACCAUCUAGGCUCUAGAACUUUUUCAACAUCCCAAAUUGAAACUCUGUACCCAUUAACUGAUUUUUAACCAAGAAUGGUUUUCAUGGUUAAAUUCAUGGCCCCCACCCCCAUUAUCUUCUCUUGCUUUCCUGCCCAGCUAAUCUUCCAAGGUUCAUCAUUGUGAUCGUCGCCUUGCAAGCACCCUCAACUCCCUAGCUCCUCUCUUCCUCUGUCACAUCUGGGGAGCCAACCUUCAAUCCCGGUCGAACCAAUCACCUGCCUGCUCUUUGCUUCCCUUUUACAGCUGAAUGUUGCCGGCAAAAAACCACAACUAAAUUAGUUCAUUGGAUUCACCUUAAAUUCACGACCCUCAAGCCACAGCCAAGCAUUCCAUAAUGCCCAGCAAUCCUACCUCGGUUCUCAGUGAGUUCACUGUCCUGCUGUCCUAGGUGAGCUGUCUUUCACCUCAAACCAUCAGCCCUUCUGCCCCUACUGGAAGUUGCUGGCCUUGCCUCAGACUUCACUGAACAAACAGAAGCCAUCAGAAGGGAAAGCCCUAUAUUCCACCUCCAAUUCUAAAACCUCCUUGUACCUGUGCUCACAGUCUCUGCCUUCCCGCCUGCUACACUGCAAAUCUUUCUGCUCCCACCAAAGGCAAACCCUCUUCUGUGUUUUGAAUUCCUUCUCACCUUCUCAAGAAUUCUGCUCCUUUGGUAGUCUGAUCUCUCUUCUGCAUAGUCUCUCCCUCUCUAUUAGAUAUUCUCAUUACCCUAUUUGAAAAUGCUCUUCUAUUUCCCAUCAUUUUUUUAAAAUGCUCUUCUUUGACCCCACCUCUCUCCCCAACCACUGCUCUCUCCUCACUUUACAGCAAAACUUCCCCAACAAGUGGUUUACAUUCACUUCCCAUUCUCUCAAUGCAUUCCAAUCUGGCUUCCGUCCCCAUAUGCCACUGAAACUACUCAUCAAAACAGCCACCUCCUUGUUGCCAAAUCCAAACGGCCACUUCUCCAGCAUUGCUUAACUUCUCAGCAGCAUUUGGCAGAGGAGACCAUUCCUUCUUUCUUGAAAACGAUAACUCACUCACUCUCCUACUUUAAUGGCUGAAUGUUCUCAGUGCCCUUCACCCAACCUUUAGCAAUUGGAAGUGUUUUAGGGCUUGAUCUUAAGGCUUCUGUGAUCACAAAUGAUCUCAACCAGUUCCACGACAUACCAGCUGUAUGCUAGUGACUCCCAAAACGAACGUCCACUCCUCUCAGCUCAACUUGAAUAUUCACUGCCUACUUGACUUUCCACUAGGAUGUCUCACAAUUUUUCAAAAACAUAACAGGUUCCACACAGAACUCUUGUUACCAAGCCCCCGCUCCCUGCUCCUCUUCCAGUCUUCUCCAUCUAGCCAAUGGCAACAUCAGCCACCCAAAGCUUAGACCAGAAAACUGAAGGCAUCCUUGAUUGCUCCCCUCUCCCUCCACAGCCAACCCACUAAGCAAAUACUUCUGAUUCCACCUCCAAAAUAUAUCUGAAACCCCCCAUCUACUCCAAUGCAUCUCCAUUGUCACUGUCCCUGCCUCAGAUACCAUCAAUCUCGAGCUAUCGCAGGAGCCUAACUGCCCUGUUUCCUCUCUCGAGCUGCACAGCAACCAGUGAUCUUUAAAAACAAAAACCUAUCACUGCCCUAAUUAAAGCCCUUCAAUAGGUUCUCAUUUUCAUUGAAAUAAAAUCCCAAACCCCUACUGCCUCACACAAGAGGCCCUGCAGGAUGUCUCCAACUCCACUCAUUCCCUUCUCCUCUUGCUUCUCUCGGUUCCCACACCCACGUCCUUCUGGGCCUUUCAGGUCUUCACACUUGUCCCCAGGCCAGGAAUGUCUCGCAGCUUUUCACGGGCUGGCACAAGCUCGUGUUUCAAGUCUCAGCGCAAAUGUCACCUCUUCAAAGGGCCGCUCUGACUCGCCAAAACAGUCACUCCCCACAACACUUUUAGAUCUACCAGGUUAACUUCUGACAAUUUGUCUUAAUCUGUAAUUAUAGUGAUUAUAUGUGUUGACUUAUUUCCUGUCUUCCCCACCAUAUGUAAAUUCCAUGGGGCAGAGAUCUUGUCUGUCCUGACUUCCACUGAAGGCUACUUUAAGAAGCUACUCUCUGUAGGCAGGUUUAUUUUAGAUUUCCCUUCCUUUCAAGCUUUAUUGGAUUCUAGUCAAAGAAUAUAAUUACUUUGGCAUUUACCAUUAAAAACAAGGGGAGAAAAACCACACAGGACAGUCAAAGACUAGAACUCUACCCGCCUACUGGUCCAGACCGGACACAGACUACAGUCAACAGUUGCUCCUCAUGAAAACGUUCAAAUGUGGACACAUGCAAAGAUAUCUAAUUUUGACAUGUGCAUCAAAAACUAAAGUUUUCAACCAUUCCCCCAGCAAUUACUAAAUACAACAGUGAUUUGAGAAUGAAGAAAGGAAAGCACAAAAUAAGGAAAGUAUGUGGUCCUGGCUCCAGAGAAGUUAAUGAUUUCAUCCCUGACUUGGUUCUCUCAUUUCAUCACCUGCUCUGGCUGUUUCUUCCUGACCCUGUGUCUUUAUGCAUCCGCUGUUCUUAUUAGGUCUCAGAAUAACUUCCCCAUCCUACUUCCCAAAACCCAGAAGAUACCUUCACAAUUGAAAAUUCAGAAAAGAACCCUUUCUUCCAAGGAUUUAUCUCUAGGUUUUUAUUUCAGGAUCUUUUCUACCCUAUUUCUAAUUUCCGUACCAAACCUAGAUUCAAUUCUAUUUUUGCUGCAAGGCUGUCUUGACUAAACUAGAUGGCCCAGCUAGUUACAGAAGCCUGUGUGUUGUACGGCUUCUGAGUAGAAUGAGAUGAUGCACUUUUUAAAAUGUACAUUGAUUUUAGUGUCUUAGGAUACGUAAACCUUUUUCCUGUAAGAAAACAGUUUCAGUAUUUGAUAAAUGGCAGCCAGAGGAGAAAAAUAAAAAUGAGAAUGGUGUGAGCAAUAAAACUGUGCUGAAACUCAAAAUGAUAUGGAUCUCACGUCUCAUGUUCCACUUCAAAAAAGAGCCAGCAGCACAGUGCAUAGCGUGGUACAAUGAUUUUCCGAAUGUGUAUCUGUCACACUGAAAUCACCUGGAGAGCUUUGAAAUCACACAGACUACUACAUACUUAGAUUUAGGGGGUCCUGGGUGGGCCAGAAUUUCAAAAUUGGAGGGAGUUAGGGGAUUCAAGAAGUUUAAAGUCAGAAGCUUAAAAACUGAGAUUGCCUAACAGAUUAACCAUUUGAAAAAAUCCCAACUGGCCCUCACAAAUAAUGAAGGAAAAAGAGGUGAUAUUACAAAUCUGUAUUUAAAAACAUCUCCCCAGUUUAUUCUGAUGCUCAGAUUUGGAAACCAUAGGUGUACAGACAAGAACACGACUUUUGGGCUCCAAUGUCAGUUAUACCACUUAAAACUGCAAGACCCCGAACAAUUCCUCUAUCUUCCCUGGUAGAUAGAUACUAAUAAAAUCAAUAUUGCAGGGCUGAUAUGAUAAGUAAGUAGGAAUUCAAUAAACCACCAAGCUCAGCUCCUGGCACACAGCAGCGUUCAAUAUAUGGUAGGUCUUAGAAGGUCUAAAACAUCCAAUAUAUAUAUAUUGUAUUUAUAAACACAAAGACACGCCUACUGGUGCCACUAUGUUACUUUUAUCCAUUAGAAAUUAACCAGCUAAUUUCCAACUUGGCGGACUCUUAGAGAGAUCAGAGCUUUACAUCGUUUUUUCCUCCUCUCAGUAAUCUUUUCAGUAACAAUUAAAACAAAGUUAAAACCCACACACACCUCUUAAUAUAGAGCUACUACAGCACAGAUAAACAUUUAUAUGGAUGCUUUUAAGGAAACAUUUUAGUGAGUUGGGGAACUGAGAAACCUUACACUGAUAAGAAAGAGAUGACCUAAAACACAGGGCAGCUUUUUUAAGAAAGGGAAAGAAAAAAAAUCUCGGAGUGUUUCAGAGCAAGUUUAAUUUUUCAGUCAGACUUCUAAGAAACUGUUUUAACUUACUACCAUUUGGAAUAGUAAUAUGAAAGCCAACAAGAAGUUUCAAAUCACUGGAACUCAUCACCUUCCCACAAUUUGAAAACUAGAUAAAUGUCUCUCCAGGGUUGUUUUAAAACACAACUAACUGAAAAAUAGAAACGUAGGGCACCGAAAGAGAACCAUGCCACUGGAAACCAGACACGGUCCUGGACUCUUUUCUGCCAUUUUGUAACCUGGUUUGACUCUACUCUCAACUGGAAGAGGACUAAGGAAAGGCCCCAGUGCCCUGGCCCCCGGUCGGGCCGAGGAAGACAAAGCCGUCCAGUUUCAGGCCAUAUGGGAGACGACGGGAACCCCUCACCCCCAAUUUUGACCGGGGAGACAUGCGGGCUCGAGGGGGGGUGGGGGGAAGCCCAGCGGCUGCAAGGCCCGACCCCAGCCCACCGCUUCCCUCCAACGCCAGCGGUAAGGAGCAAGACGCCGCGGCCCCAGCCGCUGCCCGCUCCGAGCCGGCGGCCUCGGCUUCGGGGUCUGGGGACCCGGGGAAGGACAAGGCUGCGCGGCCCCGGCCCCCUUUACAGAGUCCGGCCCCCUCGCCGCGGCCCUCCCGCCGCCCGGGCCCGCGGAGCAUCCGCGAAGGGCGCUGCCCGCGCCGCCAGGGAAGAUGGCGCCCGCCGAGCAACUGCGCCACCAGCCCUGGCGAGGGGCCAGGCCCAGCGCCAUCUUAGCGCCUUCCAGCCGCCCCCCCACCCCCAGAUCCGCAGUCGGGGCGGGCCGGGGGGCGCGAACCGCAUCGGGCCCGCGCCCUCUCGGCCGAAACAGGGCCGGCCCGGGCCCUCUUCUCUCCGGGCCGGCCGCGCGGGCUCCGCAGAGGGCGCCAGGCCGGGCCGGGUCCUCCGCGCGGCGCCACGGCUCAUCCGGGCCCGGCCGCGGGUCCUCGGAGGGGCUCCGGGGCCAGGUGGCGAGGGAGGCGGCGGGGCGGGCGCGCGCCGGGAGCCGGGCCGGGCGGGCAGUGCGGGCCCAAGCUGUGCCCGCCGCGGCCGCCCGCAGGAGCGGCGGGCAGGAGGAAGCCAGGAGGAACAAGCCGCCCGGGCGCCGCCGCCGCCCGCCCACCGCUCCCCUCCCCCUCCCGAGCCGCGGGGUCCAUUUUGCCGAGAAGAAAGAAAACGCGAUUCACACCCAAGAGCUUCGGGGAGAGAAAAGAAACGAGGGGGGGAAAACCGAGGGGAGGAGAUUGGAAAAGCUUAUUUUUCUUCCGCGCCCGCCGUCACUCGGGCCCUCCCUGCCCCCUGCUCGCGGCCCCGCCGAGCCCCGCUCCCUCCUUCCCGGCUCCCGGCGGCUCCGGGGGGCGGAAGACACACUCGCUGGCGCACACAACUAAUUUUAAACCGGCUCAAUCAAUGAGUCAUUAAAAGGCUUCCCUCCCCUCUCCCC